AUGGAGAGAAAUGUGAAUGAGUGUUGGGACACCACCACGUGCCCAGCCUAUGCCACCUGUACCAAUACUGUAGGAAGUUACUACUGCACUUGUAAAAGAGGCUUCCUGUCCAGCAACGGACUGAAGCACUUCAGAGGCCCAGGAGUGGAAUGCAAAGAUGUAGAUGAAUGUUCCCUAAGACCCCCACAAUGCGGCCCUAACUCAGUCUGCAAAAACCUGCCGGGGAGGUACACGUGCAGCUGCUUGCCUGGCUUCUCUUCUCCCACCGGCGAUAACUGGACCCCGAAAAAGUCCAGGCAUUUCUCCUGUACAGACGUGGACGAGUGCCUGGACGGCGGGGCCUGCCCAGACCAUGCUGAGUGCGCCAACCAUUUGGGAAGCUAUAGCUGCCACUGCCGAGAUGGGUUCAUCUCUAACAACUCCCUCUGUGAAGAGGUGGAUGAAUGCGCCGAUCCCAGAGCUUGCCCAGAGCAUGCGACCUGCCACAACAGUCUUGGAAGCUACUCUUGUGUCUGCAACCCAGGAUUUGAAUCCAGCAGUGGAAACAUGAAUUUCCGUGGCCCAGGAAGGACGUGUGAAGAUAUUGAUGAGUGCCCGGAUAUGUGCCCUUUCAACGCCACAUGCACCAAUACCCUUGGGACCUACUUUUGCACCUGUCACCCUGGCUUUGCGCCAAGCAACGGACGGCUGAACUUCACAGGGCAAGAGGUGGAAUGUAGAGAUGUUGAUGAGUGUGUUCAAGAUCCAUCACCAUGUGGCCCCAAUUCUGCCUGCACCAAUGCCCUGGGCUCCUACAGCUGCGGCUGCAUUGAGGGCUUUCGUCCCAAGCCGGAAGGCUCCUGGAAAUAUGGCAACUUCAGCUGCAAACGAGUACCCUUCAAGUGUAAAGAAGAUGUGAUGCCCAACAAUAAACAGGUCCUGCUAUGCCAAGUGGGAGCAGCAGUGGAGCCUGAAGAUGUUUCCUUUUGCGCACUAGUGAAUGCCACCUUCAGCGUUCUGGACGCGGCCUGUGCAAACAACACCACUGUUGUUUCUAUGAAGAGUUCGGCUGAGAGCUUCACCUCUGUGCUUGAACAAACACGCAUGUGGGCCAACUUCACCAAAGAUGAGACAUCCACCCUGGCCACAGUCUUAAUGGAGAGCGUGGAAAGCACCACAUUGGCAGCUCUUCUGAAACCCUCCUCAACGAAUGGCAGUGACACUGUUCAGACGGAGCACUUAGAUAUUGAGAGCAAAGUCAUCAAGGAAGAGUGCAUUGGAGAGAAUGUGACCUUUAACUUGAAAGCCAAAGGGGAUAACAUGAUGAUCAGCUGUUCCACAAUUGAAGAAUCGGAAUCCGUAGGAACCACUGGCGUGGCGUUUGUCUCCUAUGAGGGUAUGGAGUCUGUUCUAGAUGAGAGCUUCUUCCAAGACCCUCAGACCCCCUUUACCAACUCCAAGAGGAAGCUGAAGAUGAAUUCUCGCAUCAUUGGGGGCAUCAUGACGGGGGAGAAGAAAGAGGGGUUCUCUGACCCAGUCAUCUACACUCUGGAGAAUAUUGAGCCAAAGCAGAAGUUUGAGAGGCCCAUCUGUGUUUCCUGGAGCACGGACAUGGGGAGCGGUAGGUGGACACCAUCUGGCUGCAUGGUCCUUGAAGCCUCCAAGAUGUAUACCGUCUGCAGCUGCAAUCGAAUGGCGAACCUGGCGAUCAUCAUGGCUUCGGGGGAGCUCACGAUGGAUUUCUCCUUGUACGUCAUUAGCUACGUGGGCAUGAUCAUCUCCCUGGUGUGUCUCAUCUUCGCCAUCGCCACCUUCCUGCUGUGUCGUGCCAUUCGCAGCCGCAACACCUACCUCCACUUGCACCUCUGCGUGUGCCUCUUCUUGGCCAAGAUUCUCUUCCUCACCGGUGUAGACAAGACUGACAACCAGACAGGCUGCUCCAUCAUCGCGGGCUUCCUGCACUACUUCUUCCUCGCCUGCUUCUUCUGGAUGCUGGUGGAGGCCGGGAUGCUCUUCCUUAUGGUCAGGAACCUGAAGGUGGUAAACUACUUCCACUCUCGCAACAUCAAGAUGCCGUAUCUCUGCGCCGUCGGCUACGGGCUCCCCGCGCUGGUGGUGGUCGUCGCCGUCAGCGCGCGGCCACAGGGCUACGGGACGCAUGACCGCUGCUGGCUGAGUACGGAGACAGGGCUUAUCUGGAGUUUCCUGGGGCCAGUCUGCACCAUCAUUCUGAUCAAUUCCAUCCUUCUGACUUGGACAUUGUGGAUCCUGAGGCAGAAACUUUCCAGCGUCAAUGCUGAAGUCUCAACACUCAAAGAUACCAGGUUGCUGACGUUCAAGGCCUUCGCCCAGCUCUUCAUCUUGGGGUGCUCCUGGGUGUUGGGCAUUUUCCAGAUAGGACCCAUAGCCAGUGUCAUGGCCUACCUGUUCACCAUCAUCAACAGCCUGCAGGGAGCCUUCAUCUUCCUCAUUCACUGCGUGCUCAACCGCCAGGUGCGGGAAGAAUACAGGAGAUGGAUCACCAGGAAGGCCAAGCCCAGCUCCCAGUCCCAGACUUCAGGGAUCCUUCUGUCCUCCAUCCCCUCCACCUCCAAAGUGUAUUUCUCCCUACAGCAGCAAGAGGGCACUGUGGACACCUGA